GCGGAGUUUGAUAAGUCUGAGGCAGAGGGUCCGAAAGUGAUCAGCGCCAAAGUUCAGAGGAGGUGGGAUCCGCCAACUCCACCUGACUCAACCCACACCAGUUGCCAUUUUUUCUCCACGCACAGCGUUAAGUUGAGCCGGACUUGUCGGCUCGCCAUGCAAUACCAACACCCCACCUCCUCGGGAGCGAGCGUCAAUCUGCCGCUCUACGCGCCGACCCCGAUGCAACCGGUGCACCCGACUCCCUUCUACAUCGACGACAUCCUGGGUCGAAAUGGGACGGUCCAUCCGACGACGGUCGUGACCCCGAGCCCCACGUUGCCGUCCCCGAAUUCGUCAUUCACCAGCAUCGCGUCUCCGUACAGGACUCCCAUCUACGAGCCAACUCCGAUCCACCCGGGAUUCUCCCACUCCGCACUGACCCAUUACGGCGGCGGCGCCUUCAACGGACCCAUCUACCCCUUUGCCCGGGCGGUCAACGACUACCCUCACGCUUUUCUCAGACACGACUCUUUGGGGAAAUCUUUGAUAUGGAGCCAUUUUAUUCCAAGGCCUCCACAUAAAAGAAAAGGAGGACAGGUUCGGUUCUCAAACGAUCAGACCAUUGAAUUGGAGAAGAAAUUCGAGACCCAAAAAUAUCUCUCACCCCCCGAAAGAAAAAGACUUGCCAAGAUGUUGCAACUAACGGAGAGACAGGUAAAGACCUGGUUUCAGAAUCGCAGAGCUAAGUGGCGGCGGCUGAAACAGGAGAACCCUCAAGGAACCAAAAGAGAGGAACUGGACAAUUCUGAUCAAUCCACCGAAGGUCAGUGCGAGAAGAGGCGAGAGAGGUGUUUGAGCCCCGAUCAGAAUACACCAAUGUCCUUGAAUGAAUCCCAUCGUCCAACCUCUCCAGCUUCGCAGCAAAAUGAAUCUGAUGAAUCAAACGAGAGCGACGAAGAGGUGGACAUCGAUGACGACAGGAGUACUUAUUCUGUAAACGCAUGAUUUAAGAUAAUCAGGGGACUCUAGUCUGUUGGAGAAAUAAUAGCUUACCCUUAUACUUUACUGGUGGCCGGACUCAUAGGUAGGUCCUACUUCCUGAAACUACAGCAAUAGAAUGUAUAAGAUGCGAGUUCAAAGGCAAUGUGUUUAGUUAAGAUGCUUCAGUAUCAACAACCGUCGGUCUCUAAACAUUGAUUGAAAGCGUCUGUAUUUAACUCGUGUGUUGUAUUUAUGUACAGUGCAUCUUUUUUUUCCGUGAAAUUUGAAUAUUUUAAUACCGUGUAAAUAAUCUGCUUUGUGUAAUAUUCCGUUUUGUAAGAAAAUGUGUUAAACUGGGUAACGAUCGAGUAAUUUAUACGACGAAAAAAAAAGGCGAUGACAUUUUCGAUUGCCAUUGGCUUAUUUGACUUGUAGGUUUCAGUAAAACGUUUGCGGUUAUAUAUACCUCAUAUUGCAAACGUCUUCGUGUAUAUUGUGUAAAUAAAUGUUUCUGAGACCUCAUGUGGUCAAUAAAUGCAGAACGUGCAUGGAAUCACA